AUGGCGUCGAAAGCAUGUGGGCAAAUUGACCAUAAGCAGCGGAGAUAUAUAAGUAAAAUACCAAUUUUAAGUAAAAACUACAAGGACAGUUUAAGAAAUGUAAAACAUAAGCGUCUAGAUAUCGAAAGAAGAGAAGCAGAAUUGAGUUUGAUGGGAAAAGAAUUGUUGGAAAUGUCAGAAGGAAGGCCAUCGCCAUCGGUAUAUUUAACAGUUGAUCAUGGAGAUGAUAAUGGUCGAUCUGUAACAACAGAAUUAUUAAAACCUGCGCCAGCGAGUACCACAUUAAUACCGUCAAAAAGUGUUGUUGAACCACUUAGAAGCGUUAUUAUCACUCCAAAUGGAACGAAACGGAGAGGUAAGGUUAUUUAAAUUAAUUCAAUAUUUAUGUAUUGAAGAAUGUAAUUGUCAAUUGUGUAUAAAACAGUCAAAAUACAAGAAAUUUAAUCCACCUAUUCUGUUGUUAUUUUCUUUAAUUUGUUCUGUGUUGUUCUGUAUUAGUAUGGAAGUGGAAAGAUUCUUGUAUUUUGACUGUAAAUGUUUUUCUAGUUAAUCGGGGAUUCAUCGUAAGUUCAGUUUGGAUUUGGAGAAAAUUCUUCAGACCUGUGUGACAGUUGCAGAGGGAAAAGAGCUGAAAGUGUGUGAUCUGUUUGACAAGCUUGAGGAAGUCUCACCAGGGGUGAAGAGAAUCGAACGUGAGAAAGUCCUACGCACGUUUGGUAAAAUAUUUCAUACUAAGCUCCAGCAUAAAGGACAACAACGAGAGUAUGUUAUUAGCUGAAUUCAUAUUAGAAAACGGAUUUACUCGCCUCAGACGAGAAACUCGUCUUGAUAUGAAUUCGGUUACUGUAACGACAGGUUUUCCAUCUCAACUCUUCCGUCUAACUUUCCUGUUUGAACGACGGGAAAGUUAGACGAGUUUCUCGUCUUAGACGGAAAUUUAAAUUAGAUGAAUAAAUCAAGACGUCUUUCCGCUCGUAACAUCCAAAAGAGACAGGGAUGGAGGGUCUCUUAUUUUUUUGGGUUUAUCCGUCUGAUAGUUUUCGUUUCAUACUUAUACCAGACGGAAAUCCGUCACACGAGUUUCCCGUCUUAGAUGGAAGUCUGUUUUCUAAUAUGAAUUCAGCUAUUAUAUAAAGUUUUGAAUAAUUCUAUUAUUACAGAUACACUUUAUUAUUAGUAAUAUAACUAAAUUUAAACACUUGAAUGGUUUAAUGCAUUUCCAUGAUAAUUAAUAAUUAAAGAUUUGUUUUGUUUUUUUAUUUUCCAGAGGAUACUACAGUGGUCUUACACUUAUUUCUACUGCUAGCCCGGCUGAUAGUGGAUUCGAUAAUGCUAGUAACAACAAAGGUGAAAGGCAUUGUUGCAAAAUUGCAUGGUGAUAUAUGAUGUAUUUCAAAUAUUUACAGUGUAGAGCAUAGAAGUUAGUACGAUUUUAUAAAUGCACAUGUAUAUGAUUCACCCCCUACUAUAUUUACUACAUGUUGGAUUGGAAUUAAAAUGUUAUAAUUUAUAUUUUUAGACCAGCCUGAAAAAAUUGUGUCGUCCCCUCAACACAAAAUGAGAAAAGGUAUUAUGUAUGCUAAAUAUGUACAGGGAACGGUAUAG